GCGGCCUUGGGCCGUCAGUGCGGGGCAGGGGCCAGGCCGGCAACCAGGGCCGACGGCCGCGACACUAUGGCCGAGUCCCAGCUGAGCUGCCUGGACGAGUUGCACGUGAACGAGAAGGUGACGGAGGCGCAGGCCGCCUUCUAUUACUGCGAGCGGAGACGGGCCGCGCUGGAGGCUCUGCUGCGCCAGGGCGAGCCGGCCUAUCACGAGCGGGUCCAGAAAGAGCGGCUGCGGAACUUCCUCUCCAGCCAGGAGCGCCAGGCCCUCCGUGCCGCCUGGAGCCCCUACGAGGACGCCUCCAGUGCCACGCGGGGCAAGAGCAAAGCCAAGUCCAAGGGCCCCGCGCCCGCCCGGGCCCAGCCUGCAGAGUCGCUGGCCUACUGGCCAGACCGCUCCGACACCGAGGUGCCCCCGCUGGACCUAGGCUGGACGGACAAUGGCUUCUUCCGCGGUGUGAGCCGCGUCACCCUCUACACCCAUCCCCCCAAGGAAGAGAAGGCACCACACCUCAAGCAGGUGGUCAGGCAGAUGAUCCAACAGGCCCAGAAGGUCAUUGCUGUGGUCAUGGACCUCUUCACUGAUGGUGAUAUUUUCCAAGACAUUGUGGAUGCUGCCUCUAAGCGCUGGGUCCCAGUGUACAUCAUCCUGGACGAGACAGGAGUGAAGUAUUUCCUGGAGAUGUGUCAGGGCCUAGAGCUCUCUGACUUCCGGAUUCGGAACAUCCGCGUGCGCUCUGUGACAGGUGUCGGCUUCUAUAUGCCCAUGGGGAAGAUCAAGGGGACCCUGUCAUCAAGGUUUCUGAUGGUGGAUGGUGACAAAGUGGCCACCGGAUCCUACAGGUUCACCUGGAGUUCCUCUUACGUGGACAGGAACCUUCUCCUCCUCCUGACAGGGCAGCACGUGGAGACCUUCGAUGUGGAGUUCAGGGAGCUGUACGCCAUCUCUGAGGAGGUGAACUUGUUCGAGCAGCUGGGCCUGGGGGGAGCUGCGGGCAGACUUGCCCCCAAUUACUCUUCCACUGUGGCCCGCAAGCUUAUCAACCCCAAGUAUGCCCUGGUGGCAGGCAGCCGCCAACCUCCAGGGGAGAUGAUGCGCUGGGCUGCCCAGCAACAGCAGAACCUGGGUGGCAACCCAGAGGGGCAGGAGGAGAGUGGCAGAGGCGGCGAGGCGGCCCAGCGCCUGGAGAGCUUUCUGAAUGACCUGGUCACAGUGGAGCAGCAGCUGCCCCCUGUAGAGCCCAUUCCCUCCCGAGAGCUGAACCAGAAAGACGGCAAGAUGAUCUCUCACGUGCACAUAGACCUGAGACCCAAGGCCCGAGAGGCAUCUGCCCAAAAUGGCAAAGGGGAAGCUGCCAAGGGGGAGGCCAACCUGACCAACAACAAGCGCUUCAACAGUAGGAUCUUCAGUCGACGGACCAAGAAGCCUUCAGCGAGCAACAACGUGGCCAGCUCCCUGUCCACCGAGACGAUGACCGACAGGGACUUUCUCAUGGGAAAGAAGCCCAACGAGGGUUCCGUUGCCAGCAUCUCAGGUAAAACAAGUGCCAGUCCUGGCAAGUCCAGCAAUUGUGUGAUUUCCUGAGCCACGGGAAGCCUGUGAUGGCCACUGGUCCUGUUCUGUACUGUGAAGGACACAGGGCUCAGUCUGUGACAUUUUGCACAUUGGACACCACCAGCCUUGGGGCCUGAACCCCACAUGAGAGGCUCUGGGGCAUCUCAAGACCAUCACGUGCCUCUGUCAGACUGCCAAAGUCCAGGCAGAUGUCACUGCCGUCUUGUUUACAUGAUGUGGAAGCUUGACUAGUGUCCACACUCCUUUAUGCUAACACCCGCCCUCUGGGCCAACCCCAGAGCUGCAGGUCCCCAGGUGGACCCAAGGCCACCAUGUCAUAUGCCUUAGUGAGCUGACGUCUGCAGGGCAGCCCCAGCUACCUGGCUUCCCCUUUCAUGGGCUUCCUGCUGCUUUCUCAUGCCCCAGAGAAGGCGGAAAGAAGGAGAGAGGUUGGGACUCUGAAACCAGGGAUCCCAAAUUCCAGUUUUGCUCCAGCCACAGCAUUCAAGGUGCAAGAUGUCCCAGGAUGGCCAGGGUACUGGCUGCUGUGACCUGCCGCCCAGUCCCCACAGGCUCCCAUGCCAGACUGAAUAGAAUGGGGGAAGGCUCUGACAUUGCCGGUUUGGGAGUCCCUUGCCCUCACUUUGCACCAUCCUGGCAGGCUCUGCUUGGCUGCUGCAGGCCAUCUGGGCUGGUUCCUGCUGCAAGCCUGCCUGGAGUUCUUAGGGUACCCUUCUCUGGGCCUGCCCAUCCCCUCAGUAAGGCCUUGAGAUUGCAGCCUAAUGAAGAGAGAGAUGAGGCAGGAGUAGGGAGCCACGGGGUGCUAAGGAUAGGAGAAUUUGCCCCUUCUCCCCACAUGGUCCUUGAUCCCCUUCACCCUUCAGGACUUCCCCAGUUAAGUGUUAGCCUCCUGGAAAAAGUCAGGCUCUAACAUGGUGCUGGGCCAGGGUAAGCGAUGAAUGGAUUACACACACACACACACACACACACACACACACACACACACACACACACUCAUGCUGUCACACACUCAGGUGACCCAGUAAGGGCUGAGUGAGUUGAAUGUCAAUGGAGUAACUCCAACUGCAGGCUCUGAGCCAGUGCUCCCUGACAAGCAGUGUGCUAAAAGGACAAAGGGCUGUAGUGUCCAAGGGGAGGGCCACAUAGCCACCUUUGUCAGCCUCUGCCCUCUGAGCCAAACUCUUGUCUCUCUUAUGAAAAGCAAAAGGACACACCCUUCUGAGGAAAGGGCACAAAUGUCGAUGAGACAGCUGAUGACAGGGAGGGACACAUUGAGGGCAGGACCUGGGACCUGUGUGUAGUCUGGUCUCCCCAGUGACAGGGAGGGGCAAGGAAAGGGAGAAUGAGCCUGACCCUGGGGUCUUCUCUUGUUCCUGAGGCCAGCUUCUAGCCAUGUGGGGAAGGGACCCUGACCCACCUCCACAAGCCUUCCUAAGGAUUAAACACUUCUGGGAAAUGCA